AUGGAUAAACCCGACGACCACGCGAUCGCCCUCAGCAUUGCGCAGGCCGUCGAGGCCGAUGCAGAGCUGAUUGCCGCCCUCAUUCGUGAAGAAGAACAGGCCAGACAAGACUUCGAAUUGGCUAGGCAGCUGGCACACAACCCAAAUGCUAUGGCUGAAGCUGAUGGCGGCGCUGACCAUGGUGAGCUCGAUGACGAAACUUACCGUACCCUGCGAGCUUUCAACAUCGCUGCGCAGCAUGAGGAGAACACUGGAGUUGAGGCGGAACCCAUCCAUGAAGAAACUCACGAAGCCUCGAGUGUUGCUGGAGGAGAUGAGACAGAUGAUGGGAAUACCACUGAUGACGACCCGCAGGCUGACGCUGAGGACCAAAACAACCGCGAAGCUUCUCAAGAUGACGUCUUCCACAUGGACGAAGCUGAGAUCCAGGCAGAGGACAGCCAAAUCGACGGUAUCCAACACGAGGACACCCAGGAAGAGCGAGAUGCGGACGAGCACCCAGGAACCGCUCAGGCCGCGUCUCCCGCUCAUUCAGACCUACGCGUCGGAACGAAGGAGUGUCUAUACUGCACUGAAGAGUUCCCCGAAGAUGAGGUUUUCGAAGCACCCUGCUCCCACGGAAUGUGCCAGCCAUGUCUCAUUAGAGGCAUUCAAACGGCGAUCAAAGACGAGUCCCUCUUCCCACCGAAGUGCUGUGGCCAAGCCAUUCCGGUGAACGCCACAAACGCUUUCAUCACAGAGGACUUGUUGACCGAGUAUGACAACAAACAUGAGGAGUUCGAAACAACCGACCGCAAGUACUGCAGCGACAAGGCAUGCUCUGCUUUCAUACCUCUGCGUGCCAUCGAAGCUGGCGUUGCUCGCUGCACUCGCUGCGAGAAGAGGACGUGCCUUAAUUGUCUGAGCGAGGCACACGAGGGUACAUGUAUCGACGACCCCGAGUCACAACGAGUUGUUCGCCUAGCAGAAGAAAAUGGAUGGCGAAGUUGUGAUCGGUGCAAGAACAUGGUCGAGCUGACACAUGGCUGUUUUCACAUCUCAUGUCGAUGCGGCCACCAAUUCUGUUACCGAUGCGGGAGACAAUGGAAGACCUGUAACUGUCCCCAAUGGGAGGAGCGUCACCUCGUGGCGCGGGCAGUAGAACUCGCUGCUGCACAGGCACAGGCACGAGCACGAGCACGAGCACUAGCACCCGUGGCGCGACCCGUUCAACCCCCUGGAUGCCGUCACCGAAACUACAGGCCUUUUGACCGUGUGGAGGGUGAAGAUGAGUGCGACGAUUACCAGGCCGUUCUAUCGCCAAAUGAUGACGCUGCACAGAGUGAACCCAAGACAAGGCUUGGUGGGAAGAAGAACAUUGUCUUCAUUCUCACAGAUGACCAAGACGCUGUCCUAGACUCUGUCUCUUAUAUGCCCAAAUUAAAAGAACAUAUUAUUGACAAGGGCACAUCGUUUGUCAACCAUUUCACCACCACGGCAAUUUGCUGUCCAUCCCGUGUUGCACUUUGGACAGGGAAACAGCCUCAUAACACUAAUGUAACUGACGUCAAUCCACCGUAUGGUGGCUUCCCUAAGUUCGUCUCACAAGGACUAAACGAGAAUUACUUGCCCGUGUGGUUGAAGGAAGCCGGGUACAAGACAUACUACACCGGCAAGCUCUUCAAUGCCCACACCAUACACAAUUACAACUCGCCUUAUCCUGCGGGAUGGACAGGAACCAACUUCCUCCUUGAUCCGGGUACUUAUGACUACCUGAACCCCAUCUACCAGCAUAACCAGGAGCCGCCAGUUCAACAUAAAGGAGUACACACUUCAGACUUGAUUUCCAAGUAUGCACAUGAGCUUCUGAAGGAAGCCACCGAUUCCAAGAAUCCAUUCUUCAUCGCUAUUGCGCCUGUUGCGCCGCACUCCAACGUUAACCUGAGACGGCAACCUGGAACUCCGAGGGCACCUCUUAUGACUACUCCUAUUCCUCUCGAGAGGCACACUCAUCUUUUUGAGGGGGUAAAGGUCCCGAGGACGGAAAACUUCAACCCAGACUCGCCUAGUGGUGUGAGCUGGAUUCACAAACUCGCCCAGCUCAACGACUCUUCGGUCUCAUACCUCGAUGAAUUCUACCGCGCUCGUCUCCAGGCUCUUCAGGGUGUUGAUGAGAUCGUUGAGCAAGUGACCAAGCAACUUGAAGAUGCUGGCAUACUUGACGAGACAUACAUCAUCUACAGCUCUGACAAUGGAUACCACUUGGGUCAACACAGACUUCCUCCUGGUAAGGAAUGUGGCUUUGACGAAGACAUCCGCGUGCCUCUUUUCAUCAGGGGCCCAGGUGUAUCCUCCGGAUUCAUCGAUAAUGCCGUGACCACACACAUUGACCUCGCUCCUACGAUCCUCAGACUCGCAGGUGCGGACCUUCGCAGCGACUUUGACGGAACUCCUAUCCCGGUGUUGCCGACUCAGGAGAACAAGCGACACGAGCACGUGGCGGUUGAGUACUGGGGCGGUGCGAUCGCUGAAGGCCAGAUUGGUGGUUUUGAUGGUAAAGGCCAGAUCUUUGCGCAGAAUAAUACAUACAAAGGCGUGAGGAUAGUGCACGAGGACUACAAUCUUUACUACUCGGCUUGGUGCAACAACGAGCACGAACUCUACGACCUCAAGACGGACCCUGGACAGUUGAAGAACCUGUUCCCUCACGAUGACGCGGCUGCCGAUACAGCACUAUUAGGAACUACUUCCCGACAGGUCCUCAAUCGACUGGAUGCUCUGAUGCUCGUGUUGAAGUCUUGCAAAGGCAACACCUGCAUUGAACCAUGGAAGAUUCUGCAUCCGGAGGGUGGCGUGACGAGCUUGAAAGAUGCUCUUCAGGCCAAAUUUAACGCCUUCUACAAGGAACAGGUAAAGGUUCGGUUCGAUCGUUGUGAGUACGGAUACUUGAUUGAUGCUGAGGGACCUCAAGUUGGAUAUGAGUAUCGUGAGGGCCUGGAGUGGCAUCAUUGGACUUGA